ACUACAACAAAGACUUAAUUUUCUUUUACAAAAAACAAAAACAAACAACAGGCGCUUAAAGGAAGAAGAUGAAAUCCGCCUGCCUCGCGCUGUUAGCGGUCAUAUAUCUGGUUCCAGCCGGUGCUAUCUGGCCAAGCCUCUUGGACCGUCUCACCCAAAGGGUCGACACACUAGCGGAACGCAUCGGGGCUGACAUUGACAGUAGCUUGAAGCAAACUAUCAAUCCGGUUGUGGAACAAUUGAGCAAUAAAGCACACAAUGUUCGUGAAUCACUUGGUAUCUGGAACAGGCCGUUCAGUCCCCUUUCCAGCGGCCAUCCCAACCCUGUCAUACCACCCAAUCCGAACCUAGCGAAUCAAAAUGAAGGUUCGAAUCCUUUCGAUUUAGGAUUAUCUCCUCUGUUUCAGAGUUUCUUCGACAGCACUCCACAACGAGAAUGGUGGAAAGGACCAAACAUUUGCAUCGAACGGGAGGAGAUUGACGAAAGCAAACGAAGCAAUUCCACGAUAUUGACGUCGACUCAACGACCGACUACGACCGAGGCAGAUGGCGUUGUAGUGGAUGACGAACUUGUACCCGAAAACAGCCCCAAAGAUGACGAAUUGAAAACAAGAAGGAGGCGGCAGUUUAGCGCUCACGUCCGCAUGUCAUCGUGCAAUGACGAAGGCAUUUCUUAUGUCUGCGAAACAAAAGUUCGAUCCAACGGCAUACGCAAAAUUUACAAGACGAGAUACAAUUGCUGUUACGGUACCAUCCGUGAAGCAGGUGAAUUCGGUUGUCACGCUGUCGAGUUGCGUAGCCUCCAGGAAACCGUUUUCGCCCUCGGCGGUCGUAGUUUCCUCUCGCUUAUGGCAGAGGCCGAAGUUGACCCCAAAAUCCUGAACCAAAAUCACACCUACUUUGUUCCAGUCGAUCGUUCUUCGCCAGCUUCCAGCGAUGUGGCGAAUGAUGUGAAUACGCAGAAUGACAUGAAAGAAACGGAUGUCAAACAGGACGAUGGCGUUCGUUUACGCCGCCAGGCGGCUACCAUUAUGCGGAUGGAUGUGGAGCCCAGUGACAUGACCGAAGUACGCACAGUCGUUCGCGGUCACAUGGUCCGAGGAAUUUACCUCACGCCCAACUUCCGUGAUGAACAGCUGUUGGACACGGAAGACAGCCAAGCCAAGAUCCGGAUCAAUUUGUACAAUGCUCCAAGUCGCAUCUACACGGCCAACUGCGUCCGUUUAGUCUCCACAAACAACUACGCGCAACAGGGUGUUAUUCACAUGCUCGAUGGAGUCAUGAAACCCGCCACAAAAACGAUUGCCCAGCUCCUGGAAUCCGAGCCGCAUUUCUCCUCCUUCAGAAAACUGCUGAGAGAACAAGAUUCUACCUUAUUUAGUCAACCGGGUCAGUUAACCGUUUGCCCCGACCGACGAUGCCUUCGCCAAAUUGAAUCCGGAAUUGAGGGACCGUUUGAUGAAAGGCCAAGGUUGCGUUCACAGCGUUGUGGAACAUCACGUUCUUCCCAACGUUAUUUGUUCGACUGUCAUCCAGGGCCGUGCCCGAUCUACCUCAUUGCUUGGCUCUUCUCUUCUACUGGAGCGCGACUUGGAGGGCAAACUCUACGUCAACGGCAAACAGGUUAUUACCCGCGAUGUCGUGGCCUCUAACGGCGUUCUGCAUGUCAUCGACGGCGUCCUCAUUCCUGAAAAUGCUCGCAGCUUUAGUCAGUUGCUCUCUACGCACAAUCUCACCGAGCUGGCCCGUUUAGUCGAAGCCGCAGGAAUGGCCCCAAUGCUGGAUUCACUCACCAACGCCACAUUGUUCGCACCCAAUAAUUACGCCAUCCGCGCCAUCCCCGACGAGAUCAAACAGUCAUGGAUGAAUAACCCCGAAAAGCUGAAACAAGUUCUUACGUACCAUU